AUGAUAACUACAAUUGAAUACUUACCGGAUGAAAUUCUUUUAAUUAUUUGUAAUUAUCUAAGUCAAUAUCAUAUUAUACAUGCUUUUUUUAAUUUAAACGAUCGUUUAAAUUCGACAAUUUCACAAUAUUAUAAUUCACUUAUUGUUGAUCAUAAUGUCUAUCGUGAACUUCUACCAAUUAUUGGAUCUUAUCUACAAUCACUUACGAUUAAAGAUAUAUCUUUAAAAUCACAUGAGAUUAGUUUCGCAUCAAAUAUUCAAGAAUUAACAUUUGAUAAACAACAUCCUCAUUCAAUUCCGUCACUUGUUAAUCUAACGGAUUUAAAUAUUAUCAAUGCACCAUCAACAAAUCUAACUGAUGUUUUAUUCUUAACAAAUAAUAAUAUUCAUUCAAUCUAUAUUUCUUCACAAACUCCUUUGACAAUUUCUACAACUAAAAUUUCAAAAAUAAAACAACUUGGUGUAACUCUCAAAUCACUUGAUGAUUGUAUUUCUUUAUUUUCAAUUUGUCCUGAACUUACAUGUCUUAAUCUACAUUUAUUAGAUUGCAGUUUUAAAAAUAUUCCGAAACAAAUCAAUGAACCAUCAAAUCUUCAAAUAUUUUCUCUACGAACAAAUUAUGAAACAAAUGUCGAUUUUAAUACAAUUAAAAAUAUAUUUCAAUAUCUUCCAUCACAAUUAGAAUAUCUCGGCAUAGAGAUUAUUACAUUAGAUCGUGAAUGUGUCAAUGGUCAAACAUGGGAAAAUUAUUUACAAGAAAAAUUUCCAAAUUUAAUACGUCUUGAUUUUUUCAUUUAUCUAAGACCAGAAUUACCAACUAACACGGAAACAAGACGAUUACCAUCUAUUCUGAAAACUUUUCAAAAUGAUUAUUGGUCAUCAAUUACUCCACAACAUAUAACUGGAUAUUAUGAUCGAUCCUAUCAAGGUGAAUCAAUAAGUAUUCAUACUGAACCAGCUCCGAUAGUCAGACGACGACGUUAUUUUUUAAAUUAA